GGGCCAGUCAGGCAAGACUGAGUACGUGUUUAGGUUGAGUGUGUGUGACACUGAGGAAUACUGCUAUGGAUAUGGUGCUGCUGCACGUGUUCCUGCUUCUCUCUUUGUGUCAUCAGAGCUUGACAGCUGUAUUGAACAUGCACACAGAUCCAAGAAAUCUGUUUGCAGAGAGAGCUUGUUGCAGACGCCAGAGUCACUUCAUCUACAUAGGACAAGAUAUCUUAGGCAGUCCAGUGAACGUGGAUGUAGGCAUGUGCCGAACAAACUGCGGCCAAGCACGGCCCUCAUCCUUUGAGGCUGGGAUGCAAGGCUACGCCUCCAUGCUGGACUUCCUGAGAGACAAAAAGAUGCGAACUCCAGCAGCGUCCUCUCACGAGCUCUCGGGCUUUGGAGGAAACCUUCCGUCAUGUGGCAUGAGCAUGACCUGUGAACCCACUGGACUGCGUGUGGACAAAGUGAUGCUCAUGGACGGCCUGCGUGAGGUGGAAAUCAUUGAGGACUGCCACUGCGAGGCCAAAGUGACUCGCUGUGUCCGAGCACCCUCUCUCAGAACAUACUUCUUUGAAACACCUUACGAGACUGUUAUCGAUGUGGGCAAGUGCGUAGGAUCGAAAGGUGAACUGGAGGGCUUUUCCUGUGUGCCUACCAAGUUUGAUUCUGCUCUCGUGGACACUCCGAAUAAAGUGGAGCUGAUUCAGACGGUGGCCGGCUGCGAUAUGAAAGAAGGCUGCUACAGAAUUCCUUAUGUGGAAUAUCAUUACGAGAUCACAUACAAUGAAGACGGGCUCAAGGAAGAAAAACUUAAGGAAAUAGAUGUGGGGAGAUGUUUGGGAAGCUGCACCUCAGGAAACCGCUGUCUUCUCAGGAGUGCCUCUAAUUCUGCUGAGUGUCUGCUGUGGGCAGAGGGACAGGGCAGUGCGUGUGUUCCACAAGGGUAUGAGAGCCACACGUUUCUCAAUCAGCAUGGACAAACCCGAACUGUGCUGGCCAUCACUUCGUGCCUCUGCCAGUCUUAAACACAGUGACCUCUACUGAAAGUGCACACACGCUGCACUAACCAAGUGGACUUGCAUUUACAAAAGUGUCUUGAGUUGACUAAAUGCAGAAGCACGUUAAAGGCUGGGAUCUAUAACAUAUAAUUAUUAUGUUAAAAUAGCACAUGCUAUUAUGGUAUUCUGACAUACUAUUUAGUAUUAUAGUAUAAUAAUAACCUUUAUUUAACCAGGUAAGUCAAGUGAGAACCAGUUCUCAUUUACAACGACGACCUGGCCAGUAUGUGGUUUAGGACAUGGGUUUUGGAAUCUGUGUUUUUAUAAUGUUACAACAUAUGUGUCAAGGACAUCUACUUCUCUUAUGCAAAAUUACAGCUGACCUGUUUCAGCUGUCCCUGUAAUAUAUGUAAAAUAUGUAAAUAUAAUUUUGUAAAUAAAUUUGAUGCCAUUAAUUAAA